AUGAACCAACAAAAAAAAUUCGAAUUUGAUUUAUUUAGUGAAUUUACCGAAGAAGAAGAAGCAUUCUAUGCUUCGAUAGCAAAUCAAUUCGAGAUUAAAAGGAGGGAAUGUCUUGCGAAAUUACCAAGCAAUUCAUUAGACCGUACACCGGAACAAUCCAGAUUAUUUUAUAAAAUUUCUCGGGAUCUAACGCAAAGACAACCUUAUAUUUUACCAGGAAUUCUAAAUCAAGAAGAAUGUAACAUGAUCUUAGAAAAGGUCUUAAAUCACGUGUCUUCCUCGAUUCCAAAUGAUACGAACGAAACAGUAAAAAGGAAUGUUGAAGGUUGGACAACUUCAAGGCAUUCAGCGUAUCCGACAACAGAUAUUCCAUGUUCCUCCAUUCCAACUUUAAACAACUUUAUUCGUGACAUAUUACAUUCACGGGUUAUAACAAAGAUAUCAGUUAAUGCCGGAUUUAAAUCUUCAAAUGAACUAGAUUUUAAGGAUUUAUUUUUUGUAAAAUAUGAAGCAAAAGAAGGCGAACAAUCUGAAUUGAAAUUACAUAGCGAUGGAUGCUUGAUUUCUUUUAACAUUUUAUUAAAUAUGAGAAACGAAUUUGAAGGUGGUGGAACUUAUUUUUCUUUCAACGAAAAGUUAUAUGAAAUUGAAAUGGGUGACUGUUUGGUACAUGAUAGUAGACAUUUACACGCAGGCAGAAAGAUUACCAAAGGAACAAUUCAACGAUUACUGAACUACCUUCCAUUACAAGUAAUUGGUUCUUUUACUUUCCUAAAUCACGUACAAAAUUCCAUAUUGGCCCUUAAUUUAAUUCGUGAACAAAUUGAUUAUGCAAAAUUGAGAUAUUUAUUGCAAAAUCAUGAGAAGAAAAGUUCAACGACAUUCGAUACAUCUAAUAUUUUAGGGAGCUUAGAUGAAUUAUCAAAUCAAGUAAGAAAUCUCUCACAAAACGAAGAGAUGGUGGAAGAAAAGCUAGAGAAUGAAAUAGAAGAAGUAAUAAAAGAAGUAGAAACCGUUGAAGUCAAAGGUCGAGAAAAUGUGAUCGAACUUGAGCAGCUACGUGAGGAGAACGAACAACUCAAAUUAGAAUUGCAAGCGUUCAAAAGGAACACAAGGCCAUUAUUUAAGAGUCCUUCCAAGGGGUCAAAAUCAACGGAAACACGACGAAACAUUCUCAAAGAUAAAUUGUAUUUCAAAUUACAAUUAGGCAAAGUUGAUGAGUUGGAAACCGAAAUCUUGGCCAAUUUGGAAAUUAUGUUAACUUUAAGAAUCGAUGAUGUGAAUCGAGUCGUUCCUUCUCUAGAGCAAAUCAACAAAGUUAUGAGAGUAGUGCCACAGCUGCGAGAUUUCAUCAUGAAAGUUAUUUUAUUAGUGUUAGAUAACAAUGAAGAAAUAAAUCUCGACAUAUCAUCUAAAAUGCUACCACAAGAUAUUCCAAUUCCAUCAGAACAAAUGUUAAAGAAAACAAUUGAAACUUUAAAAGAAUGGCGUGAAACUCUCAAAGAUAUGAAACUAUAUGCGGCUCAACUUUUACAUUAG